AUGGGCACCGUGGAAGCCACAACGAGGCAAUGGCCCCCUUUCGGGUCCUCUAUACCGGGCCAUGUCACACUCCCGCGGUCAAGGCAAGACGCGCAAAGCUUGCAAGACCCAACCAAACUCAACCACGCACCGGGGGAGUCGCUCCCGUCGAUAGGAUUCCUCGACCUGGGUAAAAGCAACAAGGAGCACAUCCAUCCGUCCACAACACCGCCAGUGAGCCCAUCAACUGCCGCAUAUCCCACCAGGCCUUCUCAUCAUACAUAUGCUUCGUCCCUUUCGACUUCUACCUCACCGCCAUCGGGAUCCGGUUACGUCUAUGCAUCAAAUGCUCACCCGCUGCGACAGGGUGAAAGGGACCUCCAUCCACCCCUCCAGCAACCACACCGUCAAUCCUUGCCAUCGAUCCAUGAAGCACUAGGAAGCAACCCGCUUCCCUUCCAAUCCAGCGCCUCGUCCACGACUGUGGCACAGUCUUCGGCUUCUUCGCAAGUCACUCCAACGCCAGGACCAGAUAACACAAACGGUCCCACGAAUCCCUUUGCGCAUACCGCCCAACCUCCUUUUGCCCACGACCAUUUUGCGAGCCAACACUCUGCAAAGCCUGCAUCUAUUCGAUCAGAGGGCCAAAGAUCAAGCGUAGCGUCAGUUCACUCGCAAGAGUCGAGAAAUCCGUCCAUCAUGUCGCUGGGGUCGGGGAAGUCCCCGACACAGAGCUCGAGGACAACCCAUUCUCAGGGUUCUGGCUAUGAGGUUCAGAGCGCACCGCCUACCGGCUCUGUUCCCUCUCCAACUGCCUAUGGAGCUUAUCCUCCGGGAUAUUCAUACCCACCAAAUGGUUCGCAGCACAAUGGAGCGCACCCUGUCGCUCCCUAUGGCUUCAAGGGAAAUGCACCUUGGAAACCGAGCCCAGCGGAAAACCCCGGGAUUGAACCUGCAACAUCUAGCGCACUUGUCAAGGGUCCUCCAACCCCGUAUAGUGAACCCCUGAAGCGUCAAUUCGACAUGUUUGAUCUGCAGGCGACUUGGAACGAGAUCGCGGACGGCAGUAAUAGGACUAUGGAGUUCUCCAGGGCUCAUGCCACGCGCAUUUAUCAAUCGAACAGAACCGAUCAGACACUUCCGCCACUGACCGAGAUUGACGAUUUACUUCAGAUCCAACGUCGGAAUAUGGAUGCUCUUGGCCGAAUUCGGCACGCCGUGUUGGAUCAAGAGCAUGCCUUGGCGCAACAGCGUGAGCGAAUGCGAGUAAUGCAAAACGAACACGGCUACAGCGAUGACCGAGCUGCGUACAGAGACGAGUACAAGGGCGGUGGCUUUGCUGGCGGCGACGCGAAAAAGCGUCGAGGGGUAUGA